CGAGAUUCUCCUUCGCCUAUACACAAAUAUUUUAAACGAUCAAAUUCGAAAUGGAGCCUUUUGAGUUUUUUGAAAGAAAGUGUUGAAGAGCCAUUCCAUUUGAAAAUAGAUUCAUACUUGAAAA